CGUCGCCCUGUGUAGGUCCCAGAGAGCCCGCGGGAAGCAGUGGAAGAGGCACAAGGGAAGUAAGCAUAAUGAGCGGGUUUAAUUUGAAUCGCUUUCGCUAUGACAAAAAUAAAAGCAGCACUGCCGCAAGCGUAUCGGGAGGAGACAGACCUAGUACUCCAGUGUCUGAACACACGGAUAAAAAUGUAACCAGUAUACCUGAGACCCCUGAAGCCAAGAGGUUGAACUCAUCAAUUUUUUCGAAAAAUAAAGGUGUUCAUUUCGAAGAGUCAGGCUCAGACUCUGAAGAAAACACAACAAACUUCAGCUCUGUCCAAAGAAAUCAAAUGGAAGAGAAUAGCUUAUCUGAUUCUGUAACAGACGAUUCAGCAGAUGAACAUCCCCCGGUGAAGAGGUCUGCUUUGAACAAUACAUCAGAAUCAAAAGACGAAACCAAAGUUGAGACACUGCAAAAGUUAAAGGAAGUCUUCCCACAACGGACAGAUGAUGAACUAUUACAACUGAUUAAAUCAACAAGUACUUUGGAUGGAGCUGUGGCUGCUGGUUUAGUUCUAUAUGAUGAUAAAGCUUCAUCUCGCAAGAGAAAAUUAGAUGACUUGCCUAAAAGCAGUUCCCAAGGCCAAGAAAGCGGCAAUGGUCAAGUAGCAAAGAAAAUGAAAGCUAAUUCGGGGAAUUCAGAUAAUGAUAGUUCAUUGUCUGAAGAUGACUGGGAAAAGCAAGAAGCAAGUGUGAAAAGGCUUCAAAAACACUUCCCUGAUUUGGAUAAAGAGGAGCUUAGAGAAGUACUUCAAGAGCAUGACUGGUCUUUUCAUGAAGCACUUGAGGCAUUAAAACUGUUUGCAGAAGAUGAUCAAGAUGGCUUGCAAAAUGCUCCCAAAAAAGAAGCAUCCAGAAAUGAAGAAAAAACUCACAAAAGCAGCUCCAAAAGGAAAUCGAACCAGAAAACUAAUACAACUCAAAAUGGUUCUAAGAAAAAAAUUAAAAGUAAAAAAAUUGCUAGCAGCAUUAAAAAGUACACAGGGGACUAUGAGAAUGAGGAGUCGGCUUCGGAUGCAGGCAGCUGCCUGGAUGAAGACUACAACACUGGCAGUGAUGAUAUUAUGGAGGAGACAUACAAAGUUAAAAUACUCAGCUUCCUGCAAGAUGCUUCUUUGGAUGAACUGUCUCUGAUACCUCAGUGCUCUCUUAAGAAAGCUCAGAAGAUCACUCAGCUCCGGCCCUUUUAUUCUUGGGAUUCUCUGAUUUUCAAGAUGGAACAUGCACAUAACCUUUCUAGUGAUUUAGUAUGGGACUGUAAAGUUUUGAUCAAAGAAAGAGAAGUAGUUUUGAAGCUUAUGAUCAAAUGUGAAGAUAUUUCAAGACGACUAACAAAGCAGGUCACUCAAAUCACUGAAAGUGGAGACAGUGGGUGGAACAUUGAGAUACCUUCUAUUUUGUCCAAGAGUUUGGUUCUAAAGCCUUACCAGAAAAUUGGCUUGAAUUGGCUAGCACUUUUGAACAAACAUAAUGUCAAUGGGAUUCUUGCAGAUGAAAUGGGUUUGGGAAAAACUGUUCAAGCCAUAGCAUUCCUUGCACAUCUGUAUGAGAAUGGUAAUACAGGUCCACAUCUUGUCAUCGUGCCUGCUUCAACUUUAGAUAACUGGAUUCGAGAGUUCAAACAGUGGUGUCCCGAUAUGAAUAUUUUACUUUACCAUGGUUCUUUGGAAGAAAGAAAACAUUUACGCUAUGACAUUCUUAAUUAUGUUGUUGAAUUUAAUGUGAUUAUCACAACAUACAAUUGUGUAAUUAGUAGUUCCGAAGAUCGUAGUUUGUUCCGACGUUUGAAGGUCAAUUUUGCUGUAUUCGACGAAGGGCACAUGCUUAAGAACAUGAGUUCCAUAAGGUAUCAGCACCUGAUGACUUUAAAUGCUAAGAAUCGUUUACUAUUGACAGGGACUCCCUUACAGAAUAAUUUGUUGGAGCUGAUGUCUCUCCUGAAUUUCGUCAUGCCACAUAUGUUCAGCAGCAGCACCAGUGAACUCAAGAGGAUGUUCACUUCCAAAAAAAAAUCCACAGAUGAACAAACCACUUUUGAAAGGGAGAGAAUAGCUCAUGCCAAACUGAUUAUGAAGCCAUUUAUACUUAGAAGAGUCAAAAGUGAGGUCCUUCAACUACUCCCUCCAAAGAAAGAGCACAUACAAUUUUGUUCAUUGUCCAGUAAACAGGUACAGCUGUACAAUGACUUAAUGAAUAAAUUAAAGCGUUCAACACAGGGAACAGAGAAAAGUUCUGAAUUAUGCAAUGUAAUGAUGCACUUAAGAAAAAUGGCCAACCACCCAUUACUACACAGACAAUAUUACACAGCAGAGAAACUGAGGGAAAUGUCCAAGCUUAUGCUUAAGGAACCCACUCAUCGUGAAGCCAACCCUGACCUCGUUUUUGAAGACAUGGAAGUUAUGACAGAUUUCGAACUGCACCGACUUUGUGGUGAAUUUGCAAGCCUCUCUACUUUUAGGCUUGAAAAGGAAUUGAUUUUAGAUUCUGGAAAAUUUGAAGCUUUGGAGCGCCUUUUGUUUGAUAUGAAGAAAAAGGGUGAUAGAGUUGUACUUUUCAGCCAGUUUACCAUGAUGUUGGACAUUUUAGAAGUUUUCCUGAAGCACCACCAGCAUAGAUAUAUCAGGCUUGACGGGAAAACACCAAUUUCUGAAAGAAUGCAUCUUAUAGAUGAAUUUAAUUCCGAUAUGGAUAUAUUUGUAUUUCUUCUAUCAACUAAAGCAGGCGGUCUUGGAAUCAAUCUUACUACUGCAAACGUUGUCAUUAUUCAUGACAUAGACUGUAACCCAUACAAUGAUAAGCAGGCAGAAGAUCGGUGCCACAGAGUUGGACAAUCAAAGGAAGUGAAUGUUUUCAGGUUAAUUGGGAAAGCAACAAUUGAAGAAUCAAUGCUAAAAAUUAGUCAGCAGAAAUUACAACUGGAACAAGAUAUGACAACUGCAGAUGCAGGAGAUGAAGAAUCCAUUCCACUGGACAUGGCCACUUUACUGAAAGAAUCUUUAGGUCUUUAACAUAUGAGAUAAAUAAAAUAAGUAGUUGCAAAAAUGCAAAGGGUUUUUUUUUUUUAUUUUAUACUAACUGAAAGUGAAUAUUUGUAUUUUUCUUCUUCUUCCUCUUAAGCCAUUUCUUCAUGAUGUUACAUUUAUGGCCAUUUAAAAUGAUUGGCUAAUGGCACAAUUUGUCCUAUUAAACUAUAGCAGCUAAUGACUCAUAUUUCGAAUUCAAUUCUCAGUAUGAGAACCUUGUGGCCAAUUGUUGUUUGUAACAACAAUCCACUAGUGCUUUAGAUUGUCAGUAUUUUGGUACUGAAAUUUCCUACCUCUAAUUCUAUCUGCUGUAUUCAAAUAGGUGAUGUGUACAUAUAUUUACAUGUGCCUUUUUGACAACCAUUUUAUGUAUGUUUACGUAUAUUGUCAUGAAUCUUUAAGACAUUCACAACUUUGUUAAAGUAUAAGAUGUAUACCCUAGA